AACAGGAUUACUAAACCAUCUAAACCUAACUUUUUUCCUUUUACGGCAGAGUUAUAAAUUGAAUGGAAUUGCUUCCCCUGAACUUGACAGCCUGAAAAUCCCUGGAGCCUCCGAGAUCCUAGAGAAUGAAGGGCUUCGGUCCUCCGACUAAAGCAGUGAUAGUAAAUGAAGGGAUGAAGCAGGCUUAGGGAAGAGAACAGAGUGCUUGCAGAAAGCGGACUGCUGGUGGGGCGGCAUCCUGUUGAGCGGAACACUGCAAAGCAGCUCGCUGCUUGGUACAGGGAGACCUUGAAACUUUUCUACCUUUCCGUCAUCUAGUUUAUAAAGGGAGGUCAUUCUUGCCUGUGGCUUAAUCAAUCUUGAAGCCAGACGCUUGCUUUCGGGACUAGCUUUAAGAGGACUGCCUUUAGGACCUGCAAACGCGCUUGGAUUUUUUGCAGUGUUGGGCUGAGAAGUGGAAGAGAAAAUUACUUCUGGGAAUAGACUGAAGAUCGCAGCCCCAGAGCAGCAGAACCGUACUUAAAUCCAAUUCUUGAGAGUCAAAACAUCACCCGGUGAUUGUCACGUUCCUCGUUGAAAGGGAAGGAAGAUGCUCAACAACAGGGAAUGUGAGCGUUUCAAGGUACAUGAGAAAUUCUUCUCUCAUCAUUUCAAAUACAGUCUGAUUUGGAGCAUGACUCUUGUGAUGCAGUGCUGGGCACAAGGAAAUGUGGUGACUGAGGAUGAGACAGUGAUGCUAGAGAGACCUGCUUCCUUAAAAUGUUCCCUGCAGACUCUUCAAGAGAUCAUGAUAGUCACAUGGCAGAAACUCAUUUAUGGAAGACCAGAAAACAUGGCAACUUUCAGCCAACAGCAUGGAAUAGUAAUCCAACCAGCUUACAAGGAUAAAAUAGAAAUAACCCAUCCAGGACUCAGUGAAUCAGCCAUCACUUUCUCGAAAACUUCAGUCGAGGAUGAGGGAUGCUAUUUAUGCAUCUUUAACGUCUUUGGUGUUGGAACAGUCUCAGGAAAAACCUGCCUCAACCUUUAUGUACAGCCUAAAGUAUUCCUUAACUACCAAUUCUCUGAAAACCACCUAAAUGUCACCUGCUCUGCCACUGCACGUCCACCUCCAGUGAUCUCCUGGAAGGUGGGGCUAGAGGUGCAGAAUAGCACCGAGCGCACCAUAUAUCCAAAUGGUACCACUUCAGAAACUAGCAUCCUUUACUUCAAAGACCCUGAGAAGCAAGUGGGGAAAAAGAUACUCUGUAUAGUGAAGCACAUGGAGAACAAGACGGAAUAUGUUGUGAUCCCGAGCAAAAAUGGCACAGGCCAUAAUUUUUCAGUGCCCAUAUUUGUGGGUAUUCUUGUUCCUGUAGUGAUCCUGCUGACCUUGAUUGUUAUCUUACUGUACUGGAAAUAUCGACGCCAGAGUAGAGGAAUAUAAUUUUACCUUUGAAGACUGCUUUAAAUGUAUCCCUAAAAUUUGGUGUUGUAGAACAUCACAGUGGACCUCUCAAGUCAUUUCCUGGCCUAUGGGACUCCGAAGUAAAAGAAGAACCUGGAGUCACCAAGAACUUAAAAGGAGGAAAGAAAUGGGAUAAGAAUCUGGAGAAUUCUGUUACUGUUAAUAAUUAAUUAAUUAUAUGAACUUGUUCAGCUUUUUACAAGAAUAUCAAUCUCCACCCAGAGAGAGAAUUAUGAGAAAUGAGUGUGGACCACAACAGCAUUUCCACUCUUUCUGUUAUUGUUUGCUUGCGUUUUUAUUUUCCUUCUCAGGUUUUUUUCAUUCUUUCUAGAUCGGAUUUUUCUUGUGCAGCAAGAAAACUAUAUAAAUAUGCAUACAUAUAUUGGAUUUAACAUAUACUUAAACAUAUUUAAUAUGUAUUGGACUGCCUGACAUCUAGGGGAAGGGGUGGAGGGAAGGAGGGGGAAAGUUAGAACAGAAUGUUUUGCAAGGUCUGUGUUGAAAAAUUAUCCAUGCAUAUGUUUUAUAAAUAAAAAGCUAUUUUUAAAAAUGUCAA